AUGGACUCUCCCUCAGCCAAGAAGGUGAACUUGAUCCUCGUGGGUUCCACCGGUCAAGGCAAGAGUACCCUCGGCAACUUCCUCUUGAAGCCGGACAUGGAUCACCUGUGGGAGGAGAAAGACCGGACCUUCCAAGUGGGCGAAGAUCGUUUCUCAUGCACGCAGCAGUGCGCUGUGUCGACCUCGGCCGAUGGCAGUGUGACGAUCAUGGACACGCCCGGCCUGAAUGAGAGCCAUGAGAAAGACCUGGGGUACAUGAUUAACGUCGUGAAGACUGCGCACGUGCUCGGCUCUGUGCAUGCUGUCAUCUUGGUCAUGAAGACGGAGUCGCGCAUGGACCAAACCUACAAAGACACCGUGCUGUACUACCAAAAGCUGUUCGGAGCAGACACCUUUGCGGCGAACUUGGUCAUUGUGCACCCUGACUUUAAGAAGAGCAGCAAAAAGUACAAGGGCCAUCCCGACAAGAUUCAGAGAAUCCUUCAGCAGAGCUCCGAAGACGUGCAGAAUCUGCUGGGGCUCAAGGAUGCUCCCCCAGUCCGUUGCCUGAACUCCUUGCCCGAGACAGAUCAGGAGUUAAAAGAGCAGCUCACCGAACGACAGCAAAUUCUUCAGUUUGCUCGGGCCAACUUGGCAGCUGCUCCAUUGGCAGGUCUCCGUGUACCCAAAACAGAGGCCGUGAAGGCAAAGCACAGCAAGGAGAUUGCGCGGAAGGAGGCGACGCAAGCUCAGCUGACGGACCAGAAAGCCCAACGCAUGAAGAUUCCAGACUCAGCAAGGGAACGCUUGGAUUCGAUCAACCACGAAAUCAAGGAGCAGAAGUCGGAGAUGGAGCGCUUGAACAAGCACCUCGCGGCCUAUGACACAGACGAGCUGGUCGAAGUAGCCUGUGUACCUAAGGUGGUGCGGGCUGGCAUGGGCAAAGUCUUUGAGUUUCAUCUUCGAAGCCCUGUCACGAUCCGAGAUGUGACCUACAGCACUUGGGACACGGCAAGCUACAGUGAGACAUUUCGGAGCGACCGGGAGGUUCAUGGGUCCUUUGAACGAGGACUUGGCAGACUCUUUCACUCAGGCACCCUUUGGGUGAAGGCUUGGGGCAUUAAGCGGGAGUACUUCGCAGAGAUCAUCGCAACUUUAAAGGGCAGUCUCAACGAAGUGAAGCAACACUUGCGCCGGGCCUACGACGAGAAGAUGUCGCUGGAGAAGGAAUAUGCAAACGGCCUCGACCUCCCAGACGUCAAAUGUCUGGAGCAGCAGAUUGCGGAGGUGGAGUCGGAGAUCAAGCGGCUUUCAGAGCCUUUCUUCGCCUCCAUCGAGGAAGCUGAGCGCGAAGCACAGGAAAUGCUACAGAGCAAGUUGUGA